AUGAUCGUCAUCAACAUACCCACAGACGCCAGCGUCUCGCUUCCUCCAGAGCCUCGUCCGCGUCCGACGUUGGACACCAAUACAUCCUCCGCAUCCUCGUCCUCUUCAUCGUCGUCACGAUCCGACACUCCAGCCACCGGCUCCACUUCCAGACGCCUCUCCCGCCGCGUACAGAGCAUGGCCGUCGCAAACCUCCUGCGCGACGAAUCACCCAAGCCCUCCACCUCGGCCAUCCCUUCGCCCGCCCCCGCCUCCACCUCCGACCUCAAGGCGCUCAACUACCAACUUCCCGCAGACAUCGCCGUGCCCCCCUUCGCACAGUCCUCCAAGGACCGAGAGCGCGAUCUCGCCCGCCUCUACGAGGCCGUCUCCGGUGCGCGUCGCAUCGCCGUCAUCUGCGGCGCAGGCAUCUCCGUCUCUUCCCCCGCCAACAUCCCCGACUUUCGCUCCGCACACGGCCUCUUUAAGAAGCUCAAGGAGAAGCAUCCCACCGCAGGCCUCUCCUCGGGCAAGGACCUCUUCGACGCUCGUCUCUUUAGCUCAGAGUCCACCUCCGCGCUCUUCUACUCCAUGGUCGCUGAGCUCAAACGUCUUGCAGACGAGGCGCAACCCACCAUCUUCCAUCGCUUCCUCAAGCGUCUCGAUGACGAGGGCCGUCUUCAGCGCGUAUACACACAAAACAUCGACGGCCUCGAAGAGAAGGCCGGCCUCACUUUCGGGCUCGGCGAGGCAGGCGACUCCACCUCCACCGUCCGCGCCCUCGGCAAGCGCAAGCGUCUCGGCGCCUCGGACUGGUCGCGCUCCAAGUCCGAUUCGGCCCUCCUCUUCGCUCACAAGCAGCAGCAGCAGCAAUCUCUUCCCAUGUUCCCGCGCACCAUCCCGCUCCACGGCACCCUCCAGACGCUCACCUGUGCUCUUUGCAACCACAAGGUGCUCCUCGGCAACACCGUCCACCAGCACUCUGACCAGCGCGACUCCUUACCCGCCUCGCGCGAAGGUUCCGCCUCGCUCGGCCACGAGGAGAGCAAGCGCGCCAUCGAGCUCCUCCAAAACGGCGAGGCAGUGCCCUGCCCGCGCUGCGUCACUGCAGACGAGGUGCGCACCUCCAACAACAUGCGCUCCCGCGGCGUAGGCAGGAUGAAGGUCGACAUCGUCCUCUACGGCGGUCAGAACGAAGGCGCAGAACGCGUGGGUCAGUGUCUUCAGCGCGACAUUUUGGGCUUGCGCGAUCCCAACGAGCCGCCCGUGCCCGAGUCCGCCGCAGAGACGCGCGCACGCGAGCGCAAGGAGAAGAAGCAGGCCGCCAAGCUCGAGCUUGAAGCCACGCUCAAGCACGAAUCGGCCAACGCAGGCGACGCCAGCAUCGAUUCGGAGAGCGCCAUCGAUUCCGACUUGGGAGCUCUCCUGCCAGCCCAGGACUCCAAGGAUGACAUCCUCGCGCGCGCCUUUGCCGAUGAGGCCGAAGCAGAAGCGAGCGAGCCCAAGAGUGGCACUCAGGAAUCGGCCGCAGCGUCCAAGAAGAAGGCCGCCCGCCCGCCGCGCCUCAAGCCGCUCCCGCCCGACCUGCUCAUCGUCGCCGGCACCAGUCUCAAGGUGCCCGGCACCAAACGCAUCGUGCGCGAAUUCGCCAAAGCAUGCCAUGCCCAGGACGAGUGGCUCGUCUAUUCCUCCGACGACGAACCGGACACCAGCACCGCCGAAGACUCCAGGAAGCGUCGUGCCACCCCCAAGCCCGACAAGAGUGUCAGUACUGGCACCGAGGAGGGCGGGGAUGACCAAGACGACGAGAUCCACGAUCCCAGUGCGCCCAUCCGCACCAUCCUGCUCAACUACGAUUUCCCCAAUCCGGCGCGCGAGUGGGAGGACGUAUUCGACGUGUGGAUCCAGGGCGACUUGCAGCGCGCCGCGCUGUCGCUCUUCCCCGCCAAGUCUGUCGAUGAAGCGGCGCCGGUGGAGGUGCAGACGAUCGAGCAGGUGGUGCGCAGCCACACGUGGGCCCGAUUUAGCGACUACCUCGACGAGCAGCGCAAGCUGGCCAAGAAGCAGAAGCGCGCCGCGCUCACCGAUGCUCGCAAGGGCCGCUUCGAUCGCACCGUCUCGGCGGCGGCCAAGAUGGAGCGUACCCAGUCUUCCGCCACGCCUCCCGCGAGCGCGGCAGCGGGAACCAAGUCUGACAAGGCUAGGAGUCGAUCUGAAUCGCCCGUCAAGAAGCGUGCUGCAUCCAGCGCACCUGCCAAACGUGGUGGGGGUGGGUUGAAGCGAAGCACCAGCAAGGCGAAUCCGUUCGUGGCCGCGGGUGUUACGGUGGACAUUGGCACAAUCGCAGAGGAGGACGAGCAGGCGCAGGGAAAAGGACGUGACGGUGGCACGGUACGGAAGGACACGCCACCGUCGGUACAGCCUCCUUCCACCGCCAUCGGCCGUAAGAGGUCGUGGGCCAGGUCGCAGACCAUGCCCGAACAGCAGCUCGUCGUGCUCGUCGACAGCCAGGCGAAGAACUGCAGUGCUGCGACGUAUGGAAAGCAAAAGCGCAAGGACGCCAUGUCCAAGGCGGAUAAGGCUAGGUGGGCCGCCGUGCAGAGCGGCACCGCCGAGGUGUAG